GUGACUCUUGCGCCGUAAACGCAACAAUUGAAGGUAUCUAUUGAAGACCGGGGAACCCUGUUCUCAGAGCAGGGUAGCACCCCGUAAAAUUUUGCUCAACUGCCUUCGAAACGGCAGCGAGAUAGCAAAAUAUACUUUCUAAUAGGUCUGGGGGAGAAGUGUUAGAGUAAGAAUCACUGUUUAGACAGUGUCGGUGUAACACUAAGUAACAGUCUAAAAAAGAGCGACCUUCGUAUGUAUACCCGAAAACGGAAAUUUCCACGGUAACCACGAUUCACCUCCAGGCCUGAGCGCUUGUUUUUACUGCCCGUCCACUUCCGACGUCCUCCUCUCUCCAUGUCUUCUGUUGCCCGGAUUUUUGCGCGUCGUCUGCACGCUUCAGCACGGAGAAAUGUCCUUUCUCAAUUUAACAUGCCAGCCAUGAGCCCAACCAUGUCAGAGGGUGGAAUUGCUUCUUGGAAAAAGAAGGAAGGAGAAUCCUUCUCUGCUGGGGACGUUCUCCUUGAGAUUGAAACCGACAAGGCUACAAUCGACGUGGAAGCGCAGGACGACGGUAUCAUGGCAAAAAUCAUUGCCCAGGAUGGCGCAAAAAACGUCAAAAUUGGUACCGUCAUUGCUAUCGUAGGAGAGGAGGGCGACGACCUCUCUGGCGCGGCGGAGAUGGCAGCAAAGGCAUCUUCGGAAACUCCAAAAGAGACUGCAAAGGAGCCUGAGCCUCCAAAAACCGAGUCUGAGCCUUCCAAGGAUACGUCUCCUCCUCCCCCGAGUGAAACCAAACGGUCAAAGCCCGAAAUUCCCGUUGGCGACCGUAUAUUUGCGUCACCUAUCGCCAAAAAGAUUGCUCUUGAACGUGGUAUUCCUUUGUCGAAAGUUAAAGGGUCCGGUCCUGAAGGGCGCAUUCUUCGAGAAGAUGUUGAAAAGUACAAACCUUCAGCUGAGGCUGCUCCGUCAACUGCUGCCUCGCAGCCACCUGCAGCACAACUUCCCGACUAUGUGGACACUCCGAUUUCUAAUAUGCGCCGCACCAUUGGCUCUCGACUCACUCAAUCGAAACAGGAACUUCCUCACUACUACGUCACAGUCGAUAUCAACAUGGACAAGGUCCUCAAAUUACGAGAGGUCUUCAACAAAACUUUGUCAGAGAAGGACAAAAGUGCUAAGCUCAGCGUAAAUGAUUUUAUCGUCAAAGCUGUUGCUUGCGCCUUGUCCGAUGUUCCCGAAGCUAACUCUGCGUGGCUCGGAGAGGUGAUCCGGACAUACAAGAAAGCUGAUAUCUCUGUCGCUGUCGCCACUCCUACCGGCCUCAUUACCCCCAUUGUAAAAGAUGCUGGCUCAAAAGGUCUCGCCACCAUUUCUGCUGAAACCAAGGCAUUGGCCAAGAAGGCUCGUGACGGGAAAUUGGCUCCUUCUGACUACCAGGGCGGGACCUUUACCAUCUCCAAUCUCGGAAUGUUCGGCGUCUCUCAUUUCACCGCUAUCAUAAAUCCCCCUCAAUCUUGCAUCCUCGCUGUCGGCUCUACGGAACCUAAAUUCGUACCUGCACCCGAGGAAGAGCGUGGAUUCAAGGUCGUACAGAACAUGCAGGUUACAUUGAGCUCGGAUCACCGAACCGUGGAUGGUGCUAUUGCUGCUAGAUGGCUAUCUGCCUUCAAGGGUUACUUAGAAAAUCCUCUGACGUUCAUGCUUUGAGACGUCCUCGGUGGUUCGGAAAAUUGGGCUGUGACUU